AUGUCCGGAGCAGCAACAUCAGCAGGCGCGUCGAAGUUCCAGGCGUUCAUGAACCACCCCGCAGGCCCGAAGACAGUGUUCUUCUGGGCGCCGAUGAUGAAGUGGUGCUUGGUCGCGGCGGGCCUGAAGGACCUCUCGCGCCCGGCGGAGAAGCUGAGCGUGUCGCAAAACCUUGCUCUUACCGCGACCGGCUUCAUCUGGGUGCGCUACUCGCUCGUCAUUACCCCGAUCAACUACAGUCUGGCUGCCGUCAACUUCUUCGUUGGGUCGACAGGUCUCGGCCAGCUGAGCCGCAUCUGGUAG